UGAUAACAGAGCGAGGCUUUACACCCCCGUCUCCAGCUCACAAUCGCCCAUGGCGUCUCUUCUGUCUCUUCCUUCGACUUCGUUUACGAGGCUCGCCCUCGUCUCCAGUCAUCCCUCUUCCUCAUUCAAGGGCGACCCCAGCAGCUUGAGAGCGAGACCCUGUUUGUUCCCACUUCCGAAGCUUCAGCUGAAGAGGGGACAGCAGCAAAAGCCCCCGCUCGUCAUCAGUGGCAAGGCGUCUCCGCCGCCGGCCGCGGCGCCGUCGUCCUCCGACCCCGUCCGGUUUAGGCUGGACAACUUGGGACCCCAGCCUGGGUCCAGGAAGAAGGCCAAGAGGAAGGGGAGGGGUAUCUCGGCGGGUCAAGGAGCGAGCUGCGGGUUCGGGAUGAGGGGUCAGAAGUCCCGGUCGGGACCGGGCGUCAUGAAGGGCUUUGAGGGUGGUCAAAUGCCGCUCUACCGGCGUCUCCCUAAAUUGCGCGGCAUUGCGGGAGGCAUGCAUGCGGGAUUACCUAAGUAUGUUCCUGUCAAUCUAAAGCACAUUGAAGCAGCUGGAUUUCAAGAAGGAGAUGAGGUGUCUCUAGAGACUUUAAAGAGUGAGGGUCUGAUUAACCCAUCUGGAAGAGAAAGGAAACUCCCUUUGAAGAUUUUAGGAGACGGUGAACUAAGUGUCAAGUUAAAUGUAAAGGCCCGUGCCUUUUCAGCGGCAGCGAAAGAGAAGCUCGAGGCUGCUGGCUGUUCCCUCACUAUCAUGCCUGGCCGAAAGAAGUGGGUUAAGCCUUCUGUUGCCAAGAACUUGGCACGUGCCGAAGAAUACUUUGCCAAGAAAAAGGCUGCAUCUGCCGCAUCAAAACCUUCUUCGUGAGCCAUUUCAAAGUUUCGAGGUGUUCAUUUUUUGGCCCCUCUCUCCUCUGUGUCUAGUUGCUCUUCUAGCUCUUAUGUUUAAGUUGCGUCUCUUAUAGUAUCCCUGAUUCAUUCCCAUUAGUUUAGUU